GGUCCGUCUUGCCCUUCUUGGGCGGGCUUCCUUAUCUCCAGGCGCUUGAAGCCAUGGUGGCUGACUAGAUACUGCGCCACCGUGCUUCUCCCAGCACAUAUGCCUGGGAUGAGACGUUUAGUUUUCUGGUGCAAACGCGCCCGUGUCUUGGAAACGAGGGGCAUGAAGCAUUCUUACUGCCGCAGAUGCCGAUGAGCAUUUCGCCCUGAAUUCGGGAACCCCGAAAAAUGGCCAGAAAACAACAGAAAAACGCAGCCCACGAGCCCACGAGACACGAGCCGGAGUCGCGAAAGCUGGCUGGUAAAAAUGCAAACGCGGUGACCUGAAAUCGAACGAGGCGAGCACGCUGGGUUCAAUCCUCAGCUGAGGUGGUGCCGCGUUUCUAGGCCCAGCCGUUCCUGGCAGAGUCACGCCCGCCUGGAUUUCGUUGGGUCCGAGGUUUUGCCGCCGCUGCCUGGAGGAGGAGGAACGUGUGACAGCCCCAGGAGCAAGACAACCCGGGUGAGGCAAGACUGAGCUGACGAGCGUAUGACUCCAAGUCCACGAUGACACACCAGAUAUCAAACGGGCCUGAAAGCCAAAUGACCAGAUCUGGUGCUUGUUAAUCCCCUUCGGACCAGGCGGAUAUCAACCUCCAGCAGUGCAUGUGCGCCGCUAUCACUGUCAGCAGCUGCCCUGCGCUGAGCACAGGUGGGGUCCCAUCGAUCGCCUAACUACAGGGGGGGCCCCACUCCCUAGCUGCUGCCCUGACUGCGCGCGCAGCGACUUACCCCGCAAUAAUACAUCAUCAUUGCCCUCGAAUGUCAGUUCCCAGUCGUAGCUUCCUCACAUCACAGUUGUCUGGAGCUGUCUGUUUGUGUCUGCUCGACCUCGACUGACAAGAAUCUCAACCUCAACCUCGUUUCGAUCCGCAUGUGGCUGUUCCAGCUUUACACAGUGAUAACCUCAAGUUAUUCGCGACUUACAAACAACAUCCAAGCCUGUAUCGAAGUGCCUGGUCACCACAUCAUACUUGAUUAACGCGCAGUUCUUUUCCAAAUCCAUCAUUUCUCCAGCCCAACUGCCUAGCUGGACGGUAGGCGCUGCUUCCCCGCCUUGUUGGGCGACUGAAGCGAAGCAACCCAACGCUUGAUCUACCAAACAUGGCGGAUAAUCAGCUGGCCGACGGCGCCAGCGCCGCGGCGUCCAGCUCCCCGCUCCAGUUUGCGACGUUCAGCUCCCAAAUCGAGCUGCCGUUCUAUUCCGCCGUCUUCUCGAGGAAGCUGGACCACGACAAGCUCGACGACUCGGCACGUUUUGUUAUGGGCCUUUACGAGUCUAGGGGCGAGAAGGACCCUCACGAGAGCACGCGCCUGCAAGUUCACGGAAACGCCUUGACUAGCACUCACGUUCCGGCGGGAUCGAGCCGUGCCGAGGGAAUCAUCCGGAAUUUCAACACCAUCGAGGACUUCAAACAAGCCGACAAGACAGCCAUUCUGCGUACAGCCGCGCGCCAGAUCUGGGACGCUAUCAAGGACGGUACAAUCUACGAGGUCCCCUCGCUGCUCGCCUCGUUCACUAUUCUGUCCUUUGCCGAUCUAAAAAAGUACCGGUUCACCUACUGGUUCGCCUUCCCCGCCCUCCACUCAGAGCCUCUGUGGCGGCGCGUUGGGCCUGUCGAGCGGUUUGCUCCCAAGGAGAGCACGGCGCUGGUUGAGCGUGUUGGCACGUGGCGUUAUUCGAACGACGAUCGCCAAUAUGGCUUCUUCCUCGCCAAGAAGGUGCGUCACAGCAUCCCGGAAGCCGACCAUCGGAGAUCCUUCUCGCCCAUCGACGACCCGGACGAAGUGGAUCUGGGCUUUGAGUGGGAGAUCGGCACACUGCGCGACUUCGAAAAUGGCUUUUUCAAUGGCGUCGACGAGGCGGAUGCUUAUGUCGCCUUCGUGGACUCAUCCAGCUACGGGGAAAACCCAUCGUGGCCUUUGCGCAACCUGCUGGUUCUCAUCAGGCAGCGCUACAACCUGAAGAAGGUGCGCAUUCUGUGUUACCGCGACACGCAGGCACGCCGCCACGAGGCUCGGAGCGUUGUCAUGACACUGGCCAUGGAUGAUGUGGCCGAGAUGGAGCUGGCAGAGAUGCCCAAGGCCACAGGCUGGGAACGGCAUUCUAACGGCAAACUCCAGGCGCGCGUAGCCAACCUGUCCGAGUAUAUGGACCCGGGCCGCCUUGCCGACCAGGCCGUGGACCUCAACCUCAAGCUUAUGAAGUGGCGCAUCUCGCCGGACCUGGAUCUGGACGUCAUGAAGGGGCUGUCUUGCCUGCUGCUGGGCGCAGGCACACUGGGCAGCUAUGUUUCUCGCAACCUGAUGGGCUGGGGCGUGCGCAAGAUAACCUUUGUCGACUACGGCAACGUUUCCUUCUCCAACCCGGUUCGGCAGCCCCUGUUCGAGUUCGACGACUGCCUCCAAGGAGGGGCAGCCAAAGCACCGCGCGCGGCAGAGGCCCUGAGGAAGGUCUACCCGGGCGUCGAGGCCGAGGGCCACGUGCUCUCAGUCCCAAUGUUGGGACACCCCAUCACGAAUGAGGAGAAGGCGAAGGCGGACUUUGAAAAGCUAGAGGAGUUGGUGCGGGCGCACGACGUGAUUUUCCUCUUGAUGGACACACGCGAGUCUCGAUGGCUCCCGACGGUCAUGGGCAAGGCCUCGGGCAAGAUCGUCAUGAAUGCGGCUCUCGGGUUUGACACAUAUGUGGUCAUGCGCCACGGAGCUGCGCCCAAGGAUGGGUCAGACAAGACGCUUGGGUGCUAUUUUUGCAACGAUGUCGUCGCCCCGGCCGAUUCUGUCAAGGACCAGACUCUGGACCAGCAAUGCACGGUGACCCGGCCCGGCGUGGCAGCAAUCGCAUCGGCCCUGCUGGUGGAGCUGCUCGUGAGCGUUCUGCAGCACCCGCAGAAGCAGCACGCGGCUGCGCCAGAUCCUAAGGCGAAUCCAGACGACUACGAACGCGACCCGCCCAACCAUGCGCUGGGGAUCGUGCCUCAUCAGGUGCGGGGAUUCUUGUCGACGUUCCAGAACAAGGUGGUUCGUGGCGAGUCGUACCCGUGCUGCAGCGCCUGCAGCAACCCGGUAGUGUGGGCGUACAAGGCGGACGGGUGGUCUUUUGUGCGGCGGGCGCUCUCGGAGCGCGGGUACGUGGCUGAACUCUCGGGGCUAGCCGAUGUGCAGCGCCGGGCCGAGGCGCUGGCAGGCGAGGUUGACUGGGAAGAGGAUGAGAGCGGCGGGGUCGAGGACGAUGGCGAGGCUAUCAUGCUCUAGGAGAGGAUAAACUGGCACUCCUGGUAGAUCUGCCACCACAUAAGCGGGCUUUUGCGGACCAGGAGCAAGCGGAAGGCGCCUGUACGAGGAUGCUUUUUCUGUUGUAUGCUUCGCGAGCUUCUUUUUCUCUCUUUGCAUUAUUACUCGGUCUCGCAUGCCCUUUUAGCAUGAUACGAGCCAGCGGACCAGCGGUUCCUUAGUGGGAGGAAUCUGGUGAGGUGCGGCGUCUCGGGAAAGGGAUAUAGAUAUGGCGGAGGUGUGGCAUGGGAGCAAACGGACUUUCUCUUGGUGGGCUCUGACUUGGCUUAGAAGAAACGGAAAUCAAUGCUUUCACGAAAGAAUGAUGGCCUUUGGCCAGCUAGCGGAGCAUGGAUUAGGUGACUUGUCCAAAGGAGGUGACAUAUCAAUAGGAAACGAAGGCCCGGGAUUCGAUCGAUCAGCUCGC